AUGGUGCCUGCGAGGUCGAUUGGUGUGCAUGCAGGAGCCCUUCGCAACGGAGCCCACCGAGCUCAGUCUUGCAAGUGGUGGCUCAAGUGCAAACGGGAUCCAUUGCAGCUUCCGACUCCCAUUGGUGACCAGGCCUGGCAUCGCCGCAUGCCCUGCCCUGUGAGCCUCUGCCCGGUGUGGCAUCGCCCCGCUGCUGAGGACCCGAAGAUGGCUCUUUCCCGCGGCCUCCUUGUGCUCUCGGCGGGCGUGAUGCAUGCCAUGGCCUGCGAGGGCAAAGUGUUCGACCAGGCGGCCUUCGAAGCGGGACUGCUUGGUGGCUCCAUUGGUGGCAUAGUCCUUGGCUUGCUGAUGGUGAUUUUUGCCUCGCUGCCCCUGUGCUGCGGUGUGCUCAAGCAGUACGGGAAGGUCAUUGCCGCCAUCGCCAUCAUUUUGGGACUCGCCUCCCUGAUCGUCCCGUUCUUGGGUUCCAUGGGCGCGUGUGGACCCUUCGUCGAUCACAUUUGCGACGACCUUUGUCCGGGAGAAAUCCAAUGCAGUCAGUCUGACAGAGACAACUUGACCACCACAUGCAAUGCCCUGGGAUUCUUGGUGGUUUACCUCGGAGCUUUUGGCUGGGCCGCAUGCGUGCUGGGCAUCGUCGCUGCCAGCCUGGGCUGCUGCGUCUGCUGUCAGUGCUGCAAGGCGAAGCUCGACGACGGGCCGAAACCGGGCCAGCCCGGCCAGCCCACCGUGGUGGUUGGAGCCGUUCAGCAGGCUGGGACGGUCUGGGAGGCAGGCUGGGACGGUCUGGGAGGGACCGCAUUCGGUCUUGAGUCUUGUGUCUGUUUGAGACGUGCGUCGCGGAAUGCUGCUCAGGGAUGA